AUGAAGGGAAAGAAGGGAGUGAGUUUUCUGGUUCGCUGUCGAUCGGAGAAGAAGAAACGAACGAGGGCAGAAAAUGGUUUGUGGAUAACUGCAUUCGAUUACUCCGUAGAGACAACGAGUAAUUCUUCUUUGUUCAUACUUAAAAGCAGGAGUUUUAUGAUGACUUUUCUGAGGACAAUUGAUUUUGAUGAAGGAUGGCAGUUCCUGGAGACUAGGAUAAUGAAACUGAGAAGAAUUAUUGAAGGGCAUCAUGAACCACAAUUUGACUCUGAAUAG